AUGGGGAACGAUACACGUUUUAUCGAAGCUGAAGAUUUACCAUUUCGUUUAAUUGAAACUCCCGUUGGAUCAGCUCCUCCACCACCUUCUCCACCUACUCGUAAACAUCAUACACAUUAUAAACGUCAUGCUCCACCGCCUCCACCACGGAUUGAUGGAUAUGAUGCACCUCCAUCACUACUUCCUCCUCCAAUAGUACCAAAACGUUUUGAUCAACCAUCACCACGUACUAUUCCUCAACGAACUGAUUAUUCACAAUUUAAUUCAAAGAAAAUACAUUAUCAUUCAAGAAAAAUUCCAAAAUCAAAAUUAGCAUGCUGUGUUCUAUCGUAA